CUUCCCCCUAAACCUGCAACUGCUACUGCUCUUUUCUUUUCUUCCAUCGCCAUCAUCGCAGCUCCUGUCCUGUGUCCUUCUUCAGACAAAUCCACAGCGGCCAUCGCCAAUGGAUGCCAUGCCAAGAUCCUUCUCCUACCCCUAGCUCAUCACAGCAAGGAUUAUAUCGUCUCUCGAGAAAAAUUCGAGCUUUGGAUCGUAGAGCGUAUAAAGGAGGAGUCUUUGUUUUGGUUUGGAUUUGUUCUUGUUUGGUUCUUUGCGCGGGGGCGCUAAGAAUGAGCAACUCGACGUGGCAGCCGCCGCCGGAGCAGCCUCCGUCGUCGCCUUCGGCGAUUGAUGGUGUGGAGAACAAGAUAAGCCCGAGCAUCGUCUUCAUCGUGGCCAUCUUGGCGAUCAUCUUCUUCGUGUGCGGGCUGCUGCACCUGCUGGUGCGCCACCUGCUCCGGCUGCACCGGCAGCGGCGGGCAAGGGAGGACGCGGAGAGCGUGACGGCGUUCCAGGGGCAGCUGCAGCAGCUGUUCCACCUCCACGACGCCGGCGUGGACCAGGCCUUCAUCGACGCGCUCCCGGUGUUCCUGUACCGCAACGUCGUGGGCGGCGGCGGCGGCGCGGAUGGCAAGGACCCGUUCGACUGCGCCGUCUGCCUGUGUGAGUUCGCGCCCGACGACCAGCUCCGGCUGCUGCCCAAGUGCAGCCACGCGUUCCACCUCGAGUGCAUCGACACCUGGCUCCUGUCGCACUCCACCUGCCCUCUCUGCCGGAGGAGCCUCCUCGCCGAGCUGUCGCCGACGUGCAGCCCCGUCGUGAUGGUGCUGGAGUCCGAGAGCACCCGCGACAUGGUCCCCUCGGCAAAUCGGGCCAGGGACGGCGACGCCGUCGCCGACCAAGCCGACGUCGGAGUCGAAGACGCGCCAGGGCACGAGGGUGCAGAGGAGGUGGUCGAGGUGAAGCUGGGAAAGUUCAUGUGCGUGGAGGGCAACGUCAACGCCGUCGUCGCCGGCGAAGGGGAUGGAGCCGGCACAAGCAGCAACGACAAUGGCGACGCCAAUGCCAAAGCUGGUCUCGGGCAAAGAAGGUGCCACUCCAUGGGGUCCUACGAGUACGUCAUGGACGCGCACGCCUCCCUCCGCGUCGCCAUCAAGCCGCCGAAGAAGAAACCGGCGGUCUCCAAGUCCCGCCGCCGCGGCGCCAUAUCGGAGUGCGAGUUCGGCGCCUCCAAGCGAGGGGAGUCCUCGCUCCGCCUGCCGCCAUUCCGCACGCCGACGGCGCAGAAGCGACAUGAUCCCGACGGCGCGGUCGCCGGGGCGAAGCUCGCCAAGGACAGCUUCUCGGUGUCCAAGAUUUGGAUGGUGCCGUCCAAGAGCGAGGCGUCCGGCGCAGCGGCGACGGAGAGGCGCGCGGUGUCGUUCCGGUGGCCGGUGGCGGCGAAGGAGGAGGAAGGCAACAAGAAGAGCGGGAGCGAGGCGGACUGGGACGUCGAGGCGGGGAGCUGCGGCGGCAACAGCGUCGUGUCGUCGGUGGCGGAGGAGCGGCCGUCCUUCGCGAGGAGGACGCUGCUCUGGGUCGUCGGAGGCAGGCAGCUCAGCAGAGUCGGGAGCUGUUCAUGAUCAUCAUUUCGACCAAAACAUCAAAGCAAAAAAGAAGGAUUCUUUUGUUCUGUUUUUUUUUUCUCUUCCUUUUGUCUGCUUAGAUUACUGGUAGCAAAGCUAGUGAUUGCAAUUGCAACAGCAAAAAAAUUGUAAAACCCAUAUGCUACGAAGAGAAGAGAUUUUCUUUCUUUCGACCUGUAUUUGACUCACUUAAUUUGGUUUCAAAUUUCAGCAAAAGUCACUCCUGA